AUGGCCGCUGGGGACAGCCACCCGGAGAGCCCGGGCUUCUCCAUAGAGGCCCGCGCCGCCGUGGCCGUCCUGGCGAUCUUGCUUAUCUACUGGCUCGUUCAGAGGUUAUUCAGGAGUGGCUCGGGCUCACGCGGGUCCUCCAUGCUUUUGGUGGGGCCAUCUGGAGCUGGCAAGACUGUUUUAUUCCUCCAGCUGAAAGAGGGAGACACACUUAAUGGUACCGUGACAUCAAUGGAUGAGAAUGAAGGCACUUUCAGGCCGAAGGCAGAGGGUGCAGAUGGCAUAGACAGCGCUGUGCACUUUGUGGAUCUUCCAGGCCACCCACGGCUGAAACACAAGCUAGAGAAGUACAUUGGCGGGGCUGCGGGCAUUGUUUUCAUGUUGGAUGCCACUGACUUCAUGCCCCAUAGCAAGGAUAUUGCAGAGCAGCUGUAUGAUCUGUUGACUCAUCCUGUCUUCCGCAACCACCACAUCCCGCUCCUCCUGGCCUGCAACAAGGCAGACCUUGGAGCCAAGGCCCACACUGACAACUUCAUUGUCAAACUUUUAGAGAGGGAAAUCGAGAACCUUCGAUCUACACAGAGCACAUUGGAGGGAGAGGGCCGGCGCACACCUAUCGGAAAGGAGGGAGAGGCAUUCUCUUUCAAGCACGUUGUCUCGAAGGUUGCGGUGGCCAAGAUUUCUGCCAUCACAGGCGACAUCGGACCUGUGCUGCAAUUCACCCGGGAGUGCGUCAAGUUGUGA